GAUGAAACUCCACGUUCCAUUGUCUGACAAGAUGCAGGGGAUGCAGUCUGUUGCUUACGGCUUUCUCCGCCCGUCGACUAGAAAUCAUGUUCUUGUUCUUGUUGCACGCAGGUCUCCUUUUGUGAGAUUCCGGGCAACUUGGUCAACUACCGGCCCCUCCAUCAGGGCUGCAGGCGCAAGGCUGAUCGGCAACGGAACAUCUAAAAAACCCCAGGCAGCACCCCGCAACCCGUCCGAUUCCCGGGUACCGGGUAAACACUUCCAAAUGGGCGAACCCGGGAUCGAGGAGGCGCCGUUCCCUCUAACCGAUACCGACAGAUUCGUGCUCUCCCAGACGGACGAGGAAUUCAAAUACCAUACCUGGGAUGAGCUGCGCCAACUGAUCCAAACCAACCAGCUCUCUCUGCUCAAGAGAAAGCCGUCCGACCUGCGGCGGUACAUGAAGUGGACCGCCGAGACCAAGGCCGAGUAUGGCAGCAUUACCAACUUCCUUAUCGCCCACCGACUCCCCAAGGCCUGGGGCCCCCCGCCUUUCAAACCAGCUUCCGAGACGCCGUUUGCAGACCCGUCCGACUAUCGCGUGCUAAUUAACGACUGGCCCUACGGGUUUGCCCCGGGCAUCAGCCAUAUCGUCGUGUGGUCGCGCACGCCCAUCGCGACGGACGACACGGUCGGUGAUAUGACGCCCCAGAGUAGGAAGACGGUAGCCGACUUCGUCAGGCGGUAUUUCAUUGAUCGCCUUGGGCCCGGCGGAGAGGACAAGGUGAUGUGGUUCAAGAAUUGGGUGGCUCUCCAGAGCGUCCGGACGGUUGACCACGUUCACGUCCUCGUCAGAGAUGUCGAGCCUGCCGUGCUGCAGGAGUGGACCAGAGAGCUCGAAUGCCAUAGGGCGUCGUAGGCAAUACGUUUUGGCGUAGCAAGAGGCCG